UAUAGGAUUGUUUUACUUAGAAAUGCCAUUUAUUUAGCUUGUUCAGAUAAUAUUCAUUAUCUUAACGCUUUCACCCUUUUAAAAGGUUAUUAAUGUCUCAGCACAAAACCAGAGGGAAAUUAGAGAAAAAGGAGGCAAAUAUGUCCAUUCAUCUACAGUCUGGUUCUUCUGUGAAAGGCAAACGUGCAGGUGAAGAAAAAAGAGAAAAGGAAGCUAGAAGUCACAUUGCAUCCUCAAGUCUAAAAGGAGAUGUUAGAGAAAAAAAAUCAAUCAUCCUUACUUCUCCCACUUCAACAUCUCCUCCCACUUCAACAUUUUCCCUGCCCACUUUCAGAAAACAUCCUCCUAUAGAUCCCAUUGUUGACCCAGAUCUCCGCCCCUUUGUGCUUUCCACACACUGCGACGCCCUCUUCGCCUCGCUUCAAGGACUCAAGGAGGAGGGGCUUCUGCUGGACUGCAGUUUAAAGCUCCUAGGCAACUCCUACAAAGCUCACCGGCUGGUGCUCGCUGCUGUCAGUCAAAAGGCAGAGGCGUGGCUGUUAUCUGGAGAGGUGGGGCUUAAGGAAGUGGAACUGGAUGGAGGACGGAUGACUCCUGCAGGAUUGAAGGCUGUACUGGACUUCAGCUACAGUGGAGAAGUGGAUAGAGGAGAAACAGAUGAAGUGCUGGAAGCCUGUAGGGUAUUAGGGGCCGAAAGACUCAAGCAACUGUUUGGUGGAGACGUUCUGGUCAUCGGGAGCAGAGAGAGGGAAAGAAGCCUGCAGAUCAUACAAAUACUGUGGGAGGGAAACAUUGGCUGUGAUAUCAUCAUACAAGCAGACAGUGGAGACCGUUUCCCUGCCCAUCGUGUCAUAUUAUCAGCGGGUGCGGACUACUUUAGGGCUCUCUUCUGUGGAGGGUUACGCGAAUCCGGCGAGGAUGUGGUGUUACUGCGCGACGUAGCGUCCUGGGUGCUGCGCGACCUACUGGACUUCAUUUACUCCGGCCGACUAAAACUCAGCUGCAGGAACGUGUGGGAUCUGACAGAAGCCGCUUCACAGUUUCAGCUGCAGGGGGCGCUGUCACUGUGCUCAAACUUCCUACAGGACAACAUGGAUGAAACGUCUUGCCUGGAUGUUCUGGCCUUGGCUGAAGUCCACAAUCUGGAGGAUCUGCGCAGAAGGGCAGAGGACUAUGUUUUAGCCCACUUUCAGAGGGUGGCAGAGGGGGAGAAGUUCAGGGAUCUGCCUUGCGUCCAGCUGCAGCAUCUGCUGGAGAGAGAUGCGCUGAAUGCAGAUAGUGAGCUGGACGUGUUCAGAGUUGUGGUCAACUGGGUCGAAGAUGAUAAAGACCAGAGGCUGUGUCAUUUCUCCCGACUGAUGCAGGGCGUUCGUUUCCCUCUCAUGAGACCGGAGGAGCUGCUGGAGGUGCAGGACUGUAAACUGCUGGUCAGGAGUUCAGGAGGGAAAACAGCUCUGGAAAUUGUGAAUAAUCUCUUACAUGGUGAUAGGAGAACGCCGGACUGCAAGCCACGCACUCCAAACCAGGUGUUGGUUCUUGUAGGUGGAGAUUGUGUGAAUGAGAAUUUUGAGCGUCGAGAGCCGAACCUGUGCUUGUGGUUUGCCCGUCACUUCAUGCGUGGAGAGGGACUCAUCCGUACGAUUGAGUGGAGACCUCUGGCCCGCCUCCCCGAGCCGCCGCGCUUCCGCCACUGCGUGUGCGUCCUCAAUAACACACUCUAUAUCCUGGGAGGCCGGAAGUACUACGGUGCCCUGGACAUACUGAAGACUGCACUGAGAUUUGAUCCAGCUCAGGGCAGAUGGGAAUGUCUUCCUGACAUGUCCAGCCCCAGGGAUUACUUCGCCGCUGUUUGUCACAGAGGGAAGGUGUUUGCCCUGGGUGGAAACAGCGAUGACAUGAACUGUCUGGACUCAGUGGAGUGUUACACACCUGACGACAACACCUGGAGGUUGUCUCAUCCUCUGGACGUGGCUCUCUGCGGUCACGCCGCAGCCGUGUUGAAUGGAGAGAUGUUUGUGUCUGGCGGUUGUGACUCUCGUCUGCGCUGCUAUCCGUGUCUGUGGCUCUACGACCCGGUGCGUGGCUGCUCGAAACGUGCACCCAUGACGGUAGGAGCAGGACGGGCUGGUCAUGUGAUGCUGGUUGCGGGACACCGAUUGGUCGUGGCUGGGGGCUUGCAGCCAAUGUGGGCUGGGUUUGGAGACCAGCUGCAGUGCGAGUCAUAUGAUCCCAUUCAUGACUCCUGGUCGUCGUUCCCCUUUCUUCCCAGACCGCACCUCUCACCUGCAGCAGCCACUCUUGAUGGACAGCUGUAUGUUUUGGGAGGGUCUUCAGCCGAUUCAGCCCGUGAUACGCCCUGGGUGCACCGUUACGAUCCUCAGGCAAGAUGCUGGGAUAAACUAGGAGCGAUGCCACGACCUUACGCUGAUCUCGCUGCAUGCACUUUACAGCUGCCUGUCAGCCUGAAGAGCUGAGAGCAAUGUCAUUUUUAUGAAUACUGUGUCUAUUAGGUUAUGGUAAUGUUACUAUUACUUCUAUUACUCUCACUAUCGACUUUGGAUUGCUUAGUUGGGUUUCUAUUCAGUAAUUAUUAUUGGUUUGACUGCAAGCAGUGAUGAAAGGGCCCUCACACCCAUGCCACCACCACCUGGUGGCUUUAGGAAAACAGCACAGUGACCAAUAUGUAAUUUAAGGAUUAGUCCAUUUUUAAAUAAAAAUGUAUAAAUAAUCAUUUAAAUAAUAAUUUACUCACCCCCAUGUUAUCCAAGAUGUUCAUGUCACGUCAGUCGAAAAGAAAU